UCCCGCUUCGCCGUGAUGACGUCAACACUGACGCGUUCAUUCAGCGUCGAGUCUUCAGAGCUGAGCUCUGCUGCCAUCAGUGAAAGACCAAGACAGAGUUUAUUGAAGGACAGUGAGAAGAUGAGUGAUCCAGAACCCUGCAGAAUUAAACAGGAAGAGACUGAAGAACUAAUAGAUGUGGUGGUGAAGGAGGAGAGUGAAGAACUGAGUGAAGAUGAGGAGAAACAUCAUGUCAAGAGGGAAGAAGAAACUCAAUCAGAAACUGACGAUAGUUGUUUAAUGGAAAGAACAGCUGUGAAAUUUUUCACCUGCACUCAGUGUGGAAAGAGUUUCAGCUACGAAUACGGUCUCAAGCGUCACAUGCUGAUCCACACUGGAGAGAAACCUUACAAGUGUUCAUAUUGCGAGAAGAGCUUCAAUUGUUCAGGAAACCAGAAUAAACAUGAGAGGAUCCACACUGGAGAGAAAACACACAGAUGUGAUCAGUGCAGGAAAACGUUUUUUAAUUCUUCGGCUCUGAAGAACCAUCUUGGAGUUCAUAUAAAAGAGAAGCCUUAUACCUGUGCUGAGUGUGGAAAGAGUUUUACACUACAGUCAUAUUUAAGAAAACAUGUUAAGGUCCACACUGGUGUGAAAGAGUUUGUCUGCUUUGAGUGUAAGAAGAGUUUUAUAAGAUCUCAACAACUGAAACUUCACCUGAUGAUUCACACUGGAGAGAAACCGUACAAGUGUUCACACUGCGACAAGAGAUUCAGAAAGUUAGAAACAGUGACAACGCACGAGAGGAUUCACACUGGAGAGAGACCGUACACAUGUACUCAGUGUGGGAAGAGUUUCAGGCAAUCUUCAUCCCUUAAUAAUCACAAGAGGAUCCACACUGGAGAGAAAACACACAAGUGUGAUCAGUGCGGGAAAAUAUUUUCGCGGCCUGCAGAUCUGAAGAUCCAUCUCAGACUUCAUACAAACGAGAAGCUUUAUUCAUGUUCUGAGUGUGGAAAGAGUUUCACAACACAAUCCCAUUUUAAAGCACAUCAGAAGAUCCACACUGGUGUGAGAGAGUUUGCGUGCUCUGCAUGCAAUAAGAUUUUUUUAACAUCCGGAGACUUGAAAAAGCACCAGAAGAUCCACACUGGAGAGAAACCGCAUGUGUGUUCACACUGCAACAAGAGAUUUACUACUUUAGGACAUCUGAAAGUACAUGAGAGGAUUCACACAGGAGAGAAACCGUACACGUGUACUCAGUGUGGGAAGAGUUUCACACAAUUAUCACACCAUAUAGAUCACAUGCUGAUCCACACUGGAGAGAAAACACACAAGUGUGAUCAGUGCGGGAAAACAUUUUCGAGGUCUUCAGAUCUGAAGAGACAUCUUCGACUUCAUUCAAAGGAGAAGCCUUAUUCAUGUUCUGUGUGUGGAAAGAGUUUUGCUCGGCAAUCCCAUUUGAAAGUGCAUCAGAAGAUCCACGCUAGAGAUGAACCGUACACACACUCAGUGUUGGAAGAGUUUUGCACGAUCAUCAUCCCUAUGAGUGAUCCAGAACCCUGCAGAAUUAAACAGGAAGACACUGAAGAACUAAUAGGUGUGAUUGUGAAGGAGGAGAGUGAAGAACUGAGUGAAGAAGAGGAGAAACAUCAUGUCAAGAGUGAAAUUGAAGCUCGGACAAAGACUGAAGAUUUUUUAAUAGAAAGAACAGCCGUGAAUAGUUUCACCUGCACUCAGUGUGGACAGAGUUUCAGCUAUGAAUACAGUCUCAAGUGUCACAUGAUGACUCACGCUGGAGAGAAAAUACUCAGAUGUCAUCACUGCAGCAAAACGUUUUUGAUAGUUUCAGCUCUGAAGAGACAUCUUAGAGUUCAUGCGAAGGAGAGGCCUUAUUCCUGUGCUGAGUGUGGAAAGAGUUUUACACUGCUGUCAUAUUUAAGAAAACAUGAUAAGAUCCACACUGGCGUGAAAGAGUUUGUCUGCUCUGAGUGUAAGAAGAGUUUUUUUAGAGCUGAAGACUUGAAGCUGCACCAGAGGAUGCACACUGGAGAGAGACCGUACAAGUGUCCACACUGCGAGAAGAGAUUCAGAAGGUUACAAACAUUGAAAACACACAAGAGGAUUCACACUGGAGAGAGACCGUACACAUGUACUCAGUGUGGGAAGAGUUUCAGGCAGUCUUCAUCCAUUAAUAAUCACAUGCUGAUCCACACUGGAGAGAAGCCACACAAGUGUGAUCAGUGCGGCAAGAUAUUUUUGAGACCUUCAGAUCUGAGGAAACAUCUUAGAGUUCACACAAACGAGAAGCCUUAUUCAUGUUCUGAGUGUGGAAAGAGUUUCAUAACAUCGUCACAUUUUAAAGACCAUCAGAAGAUCCACACUGGUGUGAGAGAGUUUGCGUGCUCUGCAUGUAAGAAGAAUUUUUUUACGUCUGGAGAAUUGAAAAAGCACCAGAAGAUCCACACUGGAGAGAAACCGCAUGUGUGUUCACACUGCAACAGGGAAUUUAUUAAUUUAGGACAACUGAAUGUACAUGAGCGGAUUCACACUGGAGAGAGACCGUACACUUGUACUCAGUGUGGGAAGAGUUUCAGGCAAUCAUCAAACUUUAAAAAACACAUGAAGAUUCACACUGGAGUGAAAAAGCACCCCUGGGAUCGUGAUCAAUGCAGCAAGACAUUUUUAAGGCCUUACGAGCUUAAAGAGCAUCUUGAUCUUCAUACAGAGUAAAAGCUUUAGUCAUGCAUUUUGGUCCUGUUAGACCUGAGCGCUACACUGCAAAAAAUGCUUUUCUUGCUUAGAUUUUUUGUCUUAUUUUUGGUCUAAAUAUCUAAAAUUUCUUAUA